AUGACAGCAUGUGUCACUUGUGUAAAAUAUUCUGCUGAGCACGUGGACGCCAGCAAACAGAUUCUGACUACCAGUCUGACGUGUCAUUAUGCUGCAGUGAUGGAGGGCGAGGGCACGCUGGGUCGUGGUCACGGAAAUGGGGGCCGUGGGCUGCGCCGUCAACGGUCCCUGGAAUGGCGAGAGAGGCGCGGUUACGGGCCUAGUGCCCAGUCGAGCAGCGACGACGAAGAAAACUCGCGUCACGCCGUCGGUGCCACGUCCGUCUCAUCCGCCGGUAGAGGCGCUCGCAGUCCGGGCCAGGUUCUCGCCUCCCUCUUGGCGCAGCAGUAUGGAAGUGUUGGUGACCGAUCGUAUCGCACAGGUUCCGACACAGAGGGCGCUGCGACCACCGAUAACCCGACAACGCCGUUCCCAACGCCGCCUCCAACCUUGACGCCGAAUCAUCGACAGGCGUCUCCGUUUCCCCUAGAGAACACCAACUCCCGCCGGCAUCAUUACAACGGGAGCAUAUCAUCGGAGAGAUCCCGCAACGGCAACGGUGAAACGGUUUAUGCGGCGCCAUCGAAAAAGACGAGUACUGGUGGUGGGACCUUAGGGCGACGAACGCGACGAGGUCACACUAGUGCUUUGAGUAGCAGCUCCACGGCCAGCGAUCGUUCCGAAACCGUCUUCCCGGACGAGCAUUCUCGUAUGCAUCUCACCAAUGCCCUGUCCAGGCCUAUUUACUUCACAGACACUGGUAGGGAUUCACCGCCGGAGCCAGCGCCACCGGAAGUGCCACCUCGUGGCCCAUCUCUGCACGCAACUCACACUCUGCGUACGCAGCAAAAUCGAAAUGGCUGUCCACCGAAUGCCACGGGAAAUUUCGCCGUGCCAGGCGAACAGAUGCAGACAGAAAAGUAUUCGGGUGCUCACAAUAAGUUGAGGUUACUGUGCAAACAAACAUUUAGUUCCCUUCUGACAUCGCUGAGUUUACAUCAUAUUACAGUUUGUGUUAAACAUGACAAGAAAGCAACAUUAACAGACGCUGAAAAGCUAGAUCGUCGAAUUGCAAGUCUCACGAAGUCGCAUCCAUUUUACAGUGCUUCUGAAAUUCAAAAUCAACUGGGUCUGGAAAACAUUCGUAGCAGGACAAUUAGCCGUCGUUUAGAUGAAAGUAAUCCUUCACGGAAAGCGUGCAAGAAACCACUUGUGUCUAAGAAAAAUAAUGCAGUUUGGUUGGAAUUUACUAAAGGACAUCUUUAUUGGACUACUAUUGGUAAAAAAUUCUAUUUAGUGAUGGGAGUAAGAUCAACCUGUUUGAAAAUGACUGCAAUAAUAAUGUGCGACGUCCUACUGAACAACGAAUAA